GUGAAUUCACUGACAAAAUCUCUAUCUCGAGUAGUAUUUCAUUUUUACUGUUUUAAAAUGCUGCGGAAAGGAACAGAGAAAAGAAUGGGUUCGAAGAUACUGUGGCGUUGAAAUCAUCAUGGAGGAUUCGAAUGAUGAUGUCACCCUUACUUCGUUUCGUCCAAUCAGUCCAGAAAAUUCCAAAACGGGUUUUUCUUUAGCUCGAUUUUUUCAGAGAAAACGUCAUGAUGCAAGAGUGGAAGGCAAGGUUAAUGCAGCAAAGAGCCAACGUCUAGCCAGCCCUCUGACAAGUCCUCGAAGCUCUCCUAAACUACAGAAGCGAACGAAAAGUCCAGAGCCGUUGUACCGAUCAUGGUCAUCAGCUUUGCCAUUGGUCGGUCACAGGACCAGCGCGCACAGCACGUCUGUACCCGCGCGGCGUGUCUCGCCUGGUUACCGCAACGUGCACGCCGUGCUUGGCCGUUUAAAUGCGGCAGCAGGCGAGAGAGGACAGCUGCGACAAGAGUAUAAAGAGAGUGAUUUCAAGCAAUAUUGGAUGCCAGAUGACCACUGUAAAGAAUGUUAUGAGUGUGGUGAAAAGUUCAACACUUUUCGUCGUCGGCAUCAUUGCCGUCUUUGUGGCCAGAUAUUCUGCUACAGGUGUUGUUAUCUGGAGAUUCCAGGGGUGAUCAUGGGUUACAAUGGGUUUUUAAGGGUGUGUAUUUACUGUCACAAUGUUGUGCAUCACUACACCCAGUCAUCUGAUUUAAAUGCGGUGCGGAACCUGGAACAGCUACAGGCUGACGUGGGUGCUAUCAGUUCUGAUCCAGAUCUCAGUGCCAGUAACAGCAGCAACAUGAACUUGAAUGUUCCUAAGGGCUAUCCCUUUGAUUUUGAUGAUGAUGAGAACUUCUGUGGUCCACCAACCCUUAGGAAAAUCAGCAGCUCAAGUGGGACAGGGAUGAGUUCUUACUAUGAGAAGCUGGAACCAAAAGAUAGGCCAUCACCCAUGCCAGGAAGGAGACCUUUUGAUGCAUUUGGAGUAUGUGCAGCAGAGGCUGACAUGUUGAAGCAGGAUUCUUUCCGAGAAUUAUGGAAUCAAAUAAUGUCUCCAAGAUCUGGGCUGGACCUGCAGAGUCACAGGUUUCGUUUAAGGACUUAUCAAAAUUGUUUUGUUGGAAGCGAGUUGGUAGAUUGGUUCCUGAUGCAUGAAAAGGCAUCCACAAGACAACAAGCAGUUAUGAUAGGACAAGGCUUACUGGAGUCUGGCUGGCUGGAACCUGUUCCAAACACUCGUGAUGGGGGAGCAGUAUUCAAAGAUGAAUAUAUCCUUUACCAGCCUGGAGUUGUAAGUACUGGUACAUGGCUGACCUUGCUCUGUACCCAUUUUCCACUGAAUGAGAGUGAUGAGAUACAAAACAUUCCUGAAAAUGUUGAUGAUGAUAAUGAUGAAAUGGUGCCGCACUGGUUUCGUCAACUAGAGCAGCAAGGAGUGGAAUCGGCCAUUGAAGAAUUUGACACUAGUUUCAGUCUUGAGGCACCUGGAAAAUUGAACAAUCAUAAAACAGGACCAAAAGUACUGGACCUUGACCUGAUGAAUGGUGUCGCUACAGAGGGUGGAAACAGCGAGAUGUCACUCAAGGUUGACUUGCAUCAUUUUGGAGAGCCAGGAAAACUUAGCACAACAUCCCCAGAUACCAGUGGUGAAGCAAAAGCAUCACAGCUUUCCCUGAUCACUGAUGUUCCCCCACCCCCACUGGAACAGUAUGUGUACAAUGAAGGGUACCCAUACACCCCUUUGAGACCAAGCAACAAGAAGAAUCAAGAAGAGUUGGUUUUGAGCACCAGUAAUACUCCUGACGAGAUCUUCAGUGGUGCUAUGAUAGCAAGAAAGAUUGGUGUGGACCGACCUCCAGAACCUGAACUUGGCGAACUCAGAGAAGACAAUGGAGAGAGACUAGCCAUGGAACGGCUGAGGACUUCUCAUGCUUACCAUUUGAAUAUACUGUUGGAACAGCUACUGAAGGAUGCUGGACUAUCAGUUGAUUGGAAAGAUACCAUACUACCCCUUGUAAUGAGAAUUAGUGAACAGGUGACUCCUGAUGUUCGUAGAGACGAUGAUAUGAACAUAUGUGAGUAUGUGAAGUUCAAAAAGAUUCCUGGUGGAAAUAAAAGUGACUGUGAAAUGAUCAGUGGAGUUGUGUUCACCAAGAACAUCGCGAAUAAAAAGAUGGCCUCUAUGCUGAGUAAUCCUAAAAUUCUGGUCCUUAGGUGUGCUAUCGACUAUCAGCGAAAUGAAAAUCGCCUGGCAUCUUUAGAUCCUCUUGUCCUUCAAGAAUCCGAGUUUCUUAAGAACUUUGUGGCUCGAGUGCUUUCUUUACGACCCAAUAUCUUAUUGGUGGAACGUGAUUGAGCGCAUUGCUAGAUGUACACGGGCUGAUGUUCUUCGUUCCAUGGAGCAGCUUAGUCGGCCACAACUGGGAACAUGUCAGUCAUUCAGGGUACAGAGAUACACUCUAAAGCAUGGAGAGUCCAAGACACUCAUGUUUAUUGAAGGCUGCCCAGCUGAUCUGGGUUGUACAGUAAACUUACGAGGCGGGAACAGUUUCGCGUUGGCUAAAGUGAAGCGGAUCUUUCGACAUAUGGUGUACGUUGCUUACAGCUUACGACUAGAGCAGCAUUUUCUAAUGGAUGAGUUUGCUAUGCCUCCUGACACCAGUCAUUUGUUGGAAGAGUGGGAAAUGGCGAAUAGGAAUUUCGAAAAGAGGUUUAAAGUACGUGAAAAUGAAGUGGAUGGGAAGGAAGACUGCAAGGAAUUUUGUUCAGAACAGAAUAAAAACUUGCCUAAAGCGUCUCAGCAGGAUACUGUAGAAGGAAGUGAUCUGUUCAUGACAGCACUGAAAAGCACCGUGCUGUCCAGUUCGCCGUUUCUGGACUAUCCAAUCCCGUACUUACUGACGGAAGCAGGUCGAAACAUGGCUCUGAGAUCCACGCUUCCACCGGAUAUUUACUGGUCUUCAAGGCUUACGUUGGACCAUACCAGUCGUCCCUUGACCGAAGAAGGACUAGAGGAGUUUGAUUUUUCUAAGCAUCCUCACCAGCGAUGUCUAAGUAAACGUGUUUGCAAGUUAGAGCCUCAUCCGCUGUUGUCAGCGACGUUAACUCUGGAGCCCGGUGGUAUGGUGUACCAAACACUACUGUCCGACUUUCGCGCACAGGGAGGGCAAAUUCAUCUGACGAAAAAUGGGAUGUCUGUGCGUAGGAGUCAAAGCAAGGUAUUGGAGCAUUUCACCAAGAAGACACCGAUUGAGAAGAAUACCGAGCAAGGCAAGAUCCAGGGAGGUUAUCGUGAAGGAAAGGGUAAAGCCCAUGGAAAAACUGUUGAGUCAAAAGAGAAGAAAGAUCCGUUUGUUCCAACGAGCCCACUGCAUUUUAAUCGAAAGCAUAUGGAUUGUUUGGAUCCUUAUUUCCAUCAGAGAAUAGCUGUGUUAUUCAUCAGCUACUCAAACGAAUCGAAUAAUUCACCCCGACCAUGCAUCAGUCCGUGGGCCGUCUUUAUGGAGUUUUACGGACGAAAUGAUAUCACCCUUGGUGGAUUUCUCGAGAUUUACUGCUUCAGGCCUUCCUACAUCUGUCCCAACCCGAACUGUGACAUACCCAUGGUGGACCACGUGAGGUACUUCGCUCAUGGGACUGGGUCCGUGUACAUUCACAUGAGGAAUCUAGAGUCACCUAUCCCAGGAUUCCAACACACCAUUCUCACAUGGAGCUGGUGCAAAGAAUGUAAACAGGUAACGCCAAUUGUACCCCUAUCCCCUGAGGCAUGGGCAUUGUCGUUUGCUAAGUACCUGGAAUUGAGAUUUUACGCAGGAAAUUACAAGCGCCGAGCGAGUGUGGAACCAUGCGGACAUUCUCUCCACAAGGAUCAUUAUCAGUACUUUGCUUAUGCUAACAUGGUAGCUUCUUUCAAGUACCGCCCAAUCAAACUGUUCGAGAUAGCCAUCCCCUCUCCACAGAUUUUUAUUCAAGAAAAAACAAGAGAUGCCAGCUUUUGGAUCAGCGACUUACGUGCCAUGACAACCAAAGGUGACACAGUAUUUGCUGCGAUUUCUGACCGCCUUGAGUCCCUGAAAGAUUACCCUAUUAUUUUGCCCGAACGCCAAGCAAGAAUACAACAGUUAUUUAAAAUACUCAAUGACGAGCACAAGCGUUUCCUGGAGCAAAUUGAAAUUGUGGAAAAGAAAGCGGCCAGUCUUCAGGAGCUAGAUAAUCCGCUGGCCACAGAGGACGUGAGCACCUGCGAAAACCUGGCUCCCGAGGAUAGAUUGGCUUUAGAGUACGUCAUAGCAAACAGCUUGAAUAGUCUCAAGAAAACCCUAUGUGAAGCUGUAGAGAGUUGGAACAACACGUUGCAAGAAUACGCUCAAGCUGAAAAGAAGAAAAAUAUCAAAUCUGUGACGUCUUCUUACAAAGAAGGGAAGCUGUUGUCUUCAAUGCAAAGCGAUGCAAAGUCCGUAUCCGAGCAGCUGUCAAAAUCGACUGAUCUUAUACGUGCGUCUGACAUCAGUGUUCCAGACGGUAAUCUUAGCCCUGCUCUCACCCCCUGGGGAUCAAGAUCACCAUCACCUCACCCCAACCCUGAGAUAAACGAAGAUGAACCCGAAGUAUUGAAUAAGACAGACUUGGAGGUACUCCAUGCAACAACUGGUUUUCGACCCAUUCAGUACCCGGAGAAUGAAACCUGCACCCCUGGGGAUUCCCCCACGGCUGGUAUUUUACCCGUAGGAGGUGUGGUUAAGGGACAUUCUACGCCUGAGGCAAAAAAGGAGACCCUAGCUAGGGUGGGUCUGGACAAAGAUGUUUCAAGGAUUGAAAGACCUGCUGACUCCAUUAAAGCCUUUGUGGCUGUUGCACCGAAGCGGGAAGAACCAGAAAUUUCUGAUAGAUCAAAUAGUGGAGAAGUCGAAGGUACGGCAGCUCUCCUUGAAAACCCAACAAAGAAUUCUUCAGAAGUAAAGAUGGCAGGCCAGGAAAAUGUUCGAGUUGAUGCUAUGAAUAUACGUCCUGAAAAGGAUCCUUCUGGUAUCAAUGUGGGCGGUAUACAGUGGCCUGUGGAUGUUGAGUUGGAGGAAAUUAAGGGGGAAAAUCUUGAGGUUGAGACGUAUGGCGCCAAGGAGCCUGAUGAUAGCAAGACGGAAGUGGUCAAGGGUCCCUCUAGCGACAAUAUAGUAGACGCAAAUGAUCCUUUCGGAGAUGAGAUGGACGCAGAAACAGUUAAGGGUGCUUGUACAGAGAACUCUGGAGGAGAGCAGGGACGUUGUGGAGGACCAUUGAAAGUUGAAAAUGAACUGCACCUUAAAGGCAACAGAACCUCCUCUUGGUAUAUUGUUGAAAAAGAGACCGAAGACGGUGAAAUAUGUAAUUCAUCUUAUGACGGGAAACAAAAUGUAAGUCAUGAACAAUCUUUAACGUCUUUGGAAGAAGAAAGUGAAGCUCAGGGAACUGAGACACAAACGUUAAAAACGACUUUCGUACGUGGUCAUCGCAGAGUGGCGUCAUCCCCCCCUUUCAUUGCUCUAUUAUCGAAGGAAAACGAGGUUGUUCCUGAGGGGAAGUCUACCAGUGCUGUAAACUGUGUGGAGAGGAGCAGAAGUGACUCUGAUCUAAGUUCACAUGCGAAAAAAGACCCCAAUGAGUCUGUGUUGUCAAGCAACUCAGAGAAUCUGGUUGAAGAUGAAACCGAUGCAGGUUGGCGUGGAAAAGGAGACAGGACAGCUAAGAAAAAAGAAGCAAAUGACUCUUGUGGUGAACGAAACACGCACGAAGUUAGAAAAGUGAUACCAUCAGCUUUCAACAAGAAAAGUCUCUAUAGGGCCCAGUCUGUGGGGGCUACAAACCAGGGCGGUUCACCAAAGAAGGGUGUUGUUCGUUCACAAUCUUGGGCGGUUAAUCAGUGGCAAGUGACUGCUAAAAAGGGUAGGGAUGUAAAAUUUUUAAAACAUACCAUUAAAGUUCCUUAUUUUGAACAAUUUGUGAUCGAUUUCCUGUCAACAGCUCCUGUCUUAGAUGGAGGAGACCCGGAUGCUACGCCUGCCACAGACGUACAAAGGAAUACAACGAACGCUUGCUUCAAAUUCAGCAGACACUAUCAGAGAUCAAGAACGGGGCAGCUAGAGAACACUUACAGGGCAAAGGGGACGUCAUUAAAACUGGAGAUUUAUCUGUCAAAAGCCUUUCACAUCUGGGCAGUCAUUGUGGUACACAGACGUUCAUUAGAGUUGAUUCCAGUCCAGAGGGGGGAGAAGGUUAUGUGCAUUUAGACAUUGUGAAUCCCGAAACGGGAUUGGCAGUGGGAGAAGAAGGGGAAACGCCUUCUGUUGCCAAAGAAAAGUUAGAAUUUAUGAGCAAGAGUCAAGAAUUCCACGCAGAGCCUGAGCCACAGGCCACCCAACAUGCUAAACACCGAAAAGUGGAGAGAGUUGUGUUUACAAAAGGGAAGAACAACGCCCCUUGUCCCAAGGACGACGUAAAGAAGUUGGAGAAUAACGCACCGCCAGACAUUCCGGCACAAGAUGACAUCGGACUCUUGCAGUUUGGCUUUCAAAGGAAGGAUGCUAACCCGGUUGUGGAUUUUCAUGUUAAGCACCAGUUUGCUGACAGUACUUGCCGAUUUUACUUCAGUAUCUAUUACGCGGAGCAAUUCAGAUCUCUGCGAAAGAGGAUCUUUCCUGACGGCGAGGAGAAAUUUUAUUCGAACAUUCACUUGGGAUAAGAAGUUGGAGAUGUACGUAAAAGCCAGCGGCAUUCUUGGAGGCCAAGGAAGAAUGCCUACAGUAGUGUCCCCGGAGUUGUACAGGACACGAUUCACUGAGGCCAUGCACAGAUACUUUCUUAUGGUCCCUGAUAAAUGGACAGGGCUUGGAAGUGACCUUGACUAAGGGGCCAUUGUAGACGUGUACCUCUCAUCAAAGCCUUGUUCAAAUACUUUAGUGGUGAUUUCAAAAUAAUGGACCGUGCUUGAAAGUGAACACGUUUAAGAUACCGCCAUGUUGUCCUCAUUUUACUUUGGUGCAUGAUUCACGGAAGCCUCCCAUAGGUGCUUUAUUAUGGUUCUUAGUUGAGAAAUAGUCCGGUUCUGAAUAAGGGACUUCUUUGCUGUUGCUCGGGAUGCUGGGAACUGAUUGGACGGCAUCCAUUUUACACAAAUCCCUCUUACAUUCGCUUCUAACUGUACCUGCAAUUGCUGGGAUACGUUCUGGAAUUAGAGGAUACAGCAGAUCAAGAUACGAACGCUUUUUGCCACAGACGAUCAUUCUUAGACAAAUAUACUUGCAUACUUCAGGGGAAGGGAGGGGCUACAUGUUCCCUUAUUGACGAUAUUUGUAAUUGAAUGUAUAAUUUAUGUAACGAAAAGUUUAUAUAGAAUUUAAUGACAUUGUAAAUUAUUUGUAGAAAUGAUGAAUGGAGAGGAAGAUUGACAUUUUCUAAUUAAAACAGAGAUAACGAAAAUGAUACGCGCAUAUUGAAAAAAAUGUUGAAACUGAUGGGGUAAUGUUUGUUAUUCUAGUGGUUUCUAUGUAUAUUUGGGCAGCCUUUAUUAAUUUUACUUUUUUUUUUCUUAAUGUGACAUUUCGUCAAUGUUAGACUUGUCAUCAGACAGGUGUGUUAAUAAAUUAAGAGAUAACGAAACACAAUUUUUAUGAUGAAAGAGCAGAAAGGGGUAUCUUAUUGAGCGGAAAUAAAAAAUGUUACUUCCGCG